UCCAGGCCAAGGGUCCCAGCAGGGCUUUUCGUCCGACUGGACUGGCUUCUCUUCACCUUGGCCUCCCACACCCGCAUCGAUGCCGCCAACAUCUCCAUGGCCAGCUCCCCCUCCCCCUGUCCAGCCGGCUUACGGCGGGUACGCUCCAUACGCCCCUCACCCUGGUGCAUAUCCCCAGCAAUAUGCUCCACCUGGGCCAUGGCCGGCGGGUCCACCACCUGGUCCACCACCAGCAAUGUAUACACCUGCGCCGCAGUAUAGUCAGCCGUAUCCGCCGCCACAACAGCAUAAUGGCUGGAACGGGUAUCCCGGUGGUCCUCAAGCAGGAUAUUCUGGCGGUCCUCAAGCAGGAUAUCCUGGCGGACCACCAGGAGGAUACCCCGGAGGACCACUAGGGGGGUACCCCGGCGGACCACCAGGAGGAUACCCAUCAGGAGGAUACCCUGGUGGACCACCGCCGGGAUGGGGACAACCUCCUCCCCAACGGGCACAGAUGCCUCCCAGAACGCGCGAUAGGGCAGACAAGAUAGAUCGGUUUGCUGCAGGACCACAUUGUUCGUCUGUCUUAUUAUCUUGUUGGGAGAGGUCUGUGAUGAACCACCAUCAUGUUCAGAUGGCCCUGUCCUGAAGCCAAUGCUCAUCAAAUACGUCAAGGCUGAUAUCAACAUGAAUCCUUUGCUAAAGCCGCUGUUGGACGAGGAAGGGAGCAGGGCGCACUUGAGAUGGAAUAUGCUCUUUUCUCCCACUCAGUGUCAGCGC